AUGCAGAGCUUUGAGGAUAUGGAAGCAUCGCCGAGAGCGAGCUUCUCGAAAUUGGAACCGAUUAAAGGAGGAGAAGCUGGAGGAACCACCUACACUCAACAACAAGGAGGCACACUUUCAAACACAUUUUUCCUACCGGAAACCUCGAAACGUCAACUCUACCUUGGUGCCGGAUGUUUCUUCAUCGUUCUCGUCACAAUCAUUGUCAUUUCCGGUGUCUACACGUGCAUUCAUCAUGUUGAAGAGGGACAUGUUGCUGUUUAUUAUAGGGGAGGAGCUCUACUCGACGACGUGGUCGGUCCCGGCUAUCACUUCAAAUUACCUUGGUUGACCAUUGCCAAAGAUGUUCAGAUUACCAUUCAAACUGAUGAGAUUCAAAAUGUGCCUUGUGGUACUCAAGGAGGAGUGAUGAUUGAAUUCGAUCGCAUUGAAGUCGUCAACAUUUUGAAUCGAAAUGCUGUUCACGAAAUUGUCAAAAACUACACAGUUGACUAUGAUAGACCGUUGAUUCAUCAAAAAGUCCAUCACGAAAUUAAUCAAUUCUGCAGCAAGCACACCAUUCAAGAGGUUUACAUCGAUCUUUUCGACAAAAUUGAUGAAAAUCUCAAGCAUUCAUUGCAAAUGGAACUUCAAGUGAUGGCUCCAGGUCUUUUCGUUCAAUCGGUUCGUGUCACAAAACCGAGAAUCCCCGACGCGAUUCGCCAGAACUAUGAAAGAAUGGAAACGGAAAAGACAAGACUUCUCGUUGCUAUUGAGCAUCAAAGAGUCGUUGAGAAAGAGGCGGAAACGGAUCGGAAACGAGCGCUGAUUGAAGCCGAAAAACACGCUCAAGUCGCUGCUGUUAAGCAUAAACAAGUGAUUGCCGAGAAAGAAAUGGAGAAAACCGUGAACAGACUUCAGGAUGAGAUUCAUUUGGCUAAGGAACGAAACCGCGCCGACGCCGAGUUCUACAAAAUCGCCAAAGAGGCUGACGCGAAUCAGAAAUUGCUCACGAAAGAAUACAUCGAAUUGCAACGCAUUCACGCAAUCAAAGAGAACAACAAGAUCUACUAUGGAGACAGCAUUCCAAAGGCUUUCAUUCAAGGUGAAGCUCGUUCCGGUCGUGAACUCUCCACAGUUCUCCAACUCACCGACUCUGUAGAUGAUAAGAAACUU